ACCUGUACAAGGUAGAUGUGUAGCUCUGAACCAGUUUGUCCACAGUCAGCUCAGUCUAGUGUUUGUGUCCCUAUUUUAUUACAAGAUUGCAGAUCACUAAAACAGAGCAGCAUUGUGAAGGGAUACAAGGGUGGGUCAUGUACUGUGUGAAGUACAUUGUGAGUGCCUCUAAUGUGUCCCCACCUUACUAAUGAGGACUUCAGAUUACCGGGAAAAGAGUAUAUUACUGCUGUGGACUCUGACUUUUGCAGGGAGCUGCCUUCAAAAUCCAAGGAGCACACUCGAUAUACCACAAGAAGUUGUCAAUACUACCAUGCAACAGAAUGUUACAUUGUCUGUUAAGUUUUUGAGCAAUGGGACUCCUACUAUUGAAUGGAAACAUUUGUCAAAAUGGGGAAGACAAUGUAUCAUUGUUUGGAAACCUGGAAUAUUCAAGAACAUUUCAGAAGGCUAUAAGGAUAGAAUCAACAACUAUGAAAAUGGCUCAAUACAACUCAUAGACACCAAAUUAAGUGACUCUGGGUAUUAUGACAUCACAGUAACAGAAGAUUCAGGAUUUAGUAAGCAUGGUGCUUUGAUUCUGAAUGUGUACGAGGUUCUGUAUGAAGAUUUGCAUUUUUCAUUGAUCAUCACUGCUUUUCUUAUAGCAGUACUUCUACUAAUGUCUUUCUUUUGUUGGCUCUGCAAUACAUUUGUCGAGAAAAUUAAACAAAGACAGAUGUAUAAAGCUGAAAAACAGGAAGAGUUUGAAAUGAAGAUAGUUUAAUGUGUAAAUGUGCUCCAGUUCAUUUUACACAGCAGAACCAAGAAUCAAGAUGCACUUAAAUAUUAACAGUGGACUGUGGGAAUUAUUUACAUCUGUUAUUGGCAUAGUUUGUUGAAGAUGUCAUAAAUGUCAAUUCCACAGCCUUCCAAUACGUAAAGCCAAGACAUUAAUCUCAAAGAUGUCCUUGAAGGCUUUCACAUCAAUAACAUUUUGUUUGAACUUUCAGAAGUUUGGAAGUUAAAAAAGAUAUUCCUUUGAUGCUUUGCACUAUUUUCUUUCAUGUGCCUGCUUGUCCAGAGAAACAAGGAUUUAAUAAUAAUAAUUAUAAUUUCCAUUUUAAGUAAUCAUCAAAAAAAGCUUCUUUCAAUAAAACAACAAUGAACUACAAAACAUCAGCUGAUGUAACAUACAUCAAUGACUUUGCAUUAAUAAGAUAAUUUUGUCAUUUCUAAAUUAAAACACGUUGCUUUGAUAUGGCUUUUAUUUCUGACUGCACUGUUCAUUCAUUCCUCCAAGUAAUAACUCUUCAGCAAAAUAGAAGCUAAAAUAUCAGUGUAAUUGUCACACACUCUAUUUAUAUGUGUGCAGUAUUACUGGGCAUGCACUUUCAUAUGCCAGUAUUAGCUGGAAUUGCUACAGUCUGAACUGAAUUUGUAAUAUAAUGUAUUUUUCUAUGAAAGUUGAAAUGUAAAAUUAAUACAUAAAAGAUUGUUUUGGCUGGAAAAACUGCAGACUGGAAGGGAUAUCUGUUUUCAUAAACUGUUUGGCAGCAGAGAGAUAUUUAAGAGUUAAUACUGUACAUAAUUGUCUCUGAUUAACACAUGAAUUUCAUAGUGUUCUGUAAGAUGGUCAUACUAAAUCAGGUGUUUAUUAAAUACAUAACACCAAGGCACAAAGUUGUGAUGAAAUGAUGUUAGUUAAUUUACGUCUUCAACCACUGAAUGAAAAGUAAGAUUAAUGCUCAAUGACUGUACUAA